UGCACGGUAUUUUGAGUCCACCAGCAUCAGGAACCGCCGUUGAACAGACAGGGCCAGGUAUGAUAGUGCCACCAAACGCUUAUCAAACACCUAUGUCACACAGUCAAGAGCGGGCUGCAAUUCAACAGCAGAUGCAGGAAAUGUACAAGUUGCCGAUGGCUGACAAUCAGGAGAAGAUGAUGCGUUUACAGGAGCGAAUGGCUAUGCUUCAGCAACACGAAACGGCCGACGGUUGUCAGGGCUUGGGACCGCAACCGUGUUUGCUAAUGCAGAGCACCCAUCCUCCGCCACUUUACCAUCCGCCAGCACCAGCAACGGCAGCCGCAGCAGCGGCAGCGGCUGCCGCAGCCGCUCAAGCAAUGAUCGAUAGCCCACAGGUAACGAGCACAACUGGUCGUGGCCGUGGACGUACUCCCUCGAGCAAACCACGUAAAUCGCGGGCUAAAAAAUCUGAAAAAACUGCCCAACAAGAAGCUGCCCCGAUACCACCACCAUUGCUUGGUGUUGGUGGUGCUGGUCCUGUCGGUGGCGGUCUCAUUAUGUCGGGCGAUGAUACUUCUCAAACAAAUGUUCUAUCGUCGGGAGCUCCGCUGACAACCAUGCUACCCGUUUCGGAGGAUUCCGUAACAGCGGGCACGGGACUGCCUGAAGUCAGUUCGGAUGGCUUUGGCCACGAACUAGCAUUAGAAGGAGCGGGAGCAGCCAGUGGCAUUGGUGGAGAUUUGUCGCAGGAUAAUCUUUCCUGCAGUGGAGGCGACCUCGACACAUCGACCGAUGCCUGCGGAAAGAAGAUAAAGAAACCUCGCAAACCACGUGAAUCCAAGAAACCGUCCGCUAAGGGAGCUGCAGUGACUGACGAUGCGUCCAAUAUUUCUGUCGAAAUAGCUGGCAAAGAACCGGUUAAGAAGGAAAGCAAAUCGAAGAAGGAUUCGAAGAAAAAGAGCAAGAGCAAGAAGGGCGCUGCGAACGCUCCCAUGAGUGAUGGUGAAAAUUCGAACGAUGAGUCAAUGAUGCUGGAUAAUGUCGGAGCGCUCGUUCCACCGGUAGACGAUGGUGAACAGGAGCUCUCAAAGGCAACGGCCGCAACGAACGAGAACGAAGAAAACCUUUCGUUGGCCACGUUAAUGCAUUCAAACGAUGACAUGGCUCACCCCGAUGCGCCUACGACUGAUGAUGCGACUGCCAUUGCUGAGGGUGAUAGUGAGAUGAGCGAAGCAGUUGAGCAGCAUGAAGGAGCUGCAAAUAAUGUUCCACCUGUCGCCGCAGAUGUUAUGAAUAGCGGUUCGGUGAAGCAUAGUGAAGAUGGUACUUCCACCGUGGAUGCUAAUGCUUCGAUUGUGGCGGCUGAAGGUACAACAGAGGCCGCUAGUGGUAUGGAAGGUAUCGGAGGACCAGUUGAUGAUGAACAGUCAUCGAAGGGUGUUGCGAUCACUACUACAACAGGCGAAGUUUCCGAGACUGCUGCCGCUGGUGGGCUGGGCAUAGGGGAUGAGGUAACCGACUUCGAUGACAUUCCCGUUUCUAAAAUCAGUAAACAACUGCCCACCGACUCGGUACCACAAGAGGAAGCCGAAAAGAAGGAACUCGAUGAGAGUGCAGGUGGCGACACGGAAACGGAAACGCCUUCGAAGAGUAAAAAGAAGAGUAGUAGCAGUAAGCGCAAGGAACCGGGUAGUGCUGAAGGAGGAAGCAGUGGUGGAAGCAGCAGAAACAGGAGUAGGCCAAGUGGUGGUAGUGGUGGUGGCAGUGGAUCUUCCUCGUCUCGCCGUAGUGGCAAGUCGGGGGGCGGAAGCUCAAAAAGCCGCUCUCGUCGCAGCCGGAUGAUCGUAACCGAGUCGGAUGGUGAGGGAGAUGAUUUGCUCAGCACACCGCCACCUUCGCCUCCUCCGGAUAUGGAUGCGGAUAGCUCGAAGCGGCGAUCAGCUAGAAACACUCAGCGCAAGAAGUACGUUGAUGAUGUUAUGCUUCGCUUCUCGGAUGACGAAUCGGGGCUUUUAUCUCCUACUCCUACUUCGAGCGGAGGACGUAAGGAUCGUCGCUCGGAAGGUGCUACGGCGGAGCGAAAGGAUGGCGUCUCUACGGCUAGUGAUGCCGGUGGGUUAGUGGGCAGUGAAGCCGCGACAGGAGGCGCCGUUGGCUUGGAUGGUGCCAUCGUCGGAGCCACUGAUGCUACUGGUGCAACCAGUGGUUCAAUGGGUAUCGUUGGCGAGGGAGAGGAGAAGGUUAGCACAUCCGAUGCGACCCGAUCCGGAUUGCAGGAUGCCAGUGGUGAGGUGAAGCUAGAUGAAGCAAAUAAGCCGAACUACGUGUACGUGAACACGUCGGAAGAAGAUUCAAUGGUUGUGCAGUUUGUGUUGGCCGUACGAAGGGGUAGACGUGAACUAAAACCUGAGCCGCCACCACCUCCACCAAAAGAGAAAACUCCCGAACCCCCGCCGGGUACGGAUCUAGAGCAGCAAGAUGGUGUCAAAAGUGAAUCCAUCACAAAAGACGGUGACGAUAGUAGUAAUUUGGCCGUGAAAACGGAAGUUACGGGUGAAGAUGAUGGUAAAAAGGACGAUUCUUUAGUGGCCUCCGCCACCAGUGGUGAAGCGACUGAGAAGAAUGAAGGCGAAGAGAAACAUAGUGCAGAGCCAGAUGCAUCCCCGAAAGCUUCCAUUGUAGAAGGUAGUGAAAUCACGACCGAAGAAAAUAAGGCAUCUGAACCUGCUGCAUCUGAACCUGCUGCAUCUGAAAAUGCAGAGAAUGUCGGUUCAGAUACUACACUCGAGAAAAUGGAUACCGACGACCACGAUGCCGAACGAAAUGAGGAAUCUUCUGAGGGCAAAUUGGUUGAUGACGUACCGAAGGAUAAAUUGGACAGUACUGAGUCCGAUUGCGCACCAGAAACAGAAAAGACUUCUUCUCAGAGCAUGGAAACUGAUGCCACAGUUGAGCCAACCGCACCCAAAGGCGAUGAAGAGCCAGCUGAUAAACAGCUGGACGAUACGGUGCAAGCUAACGCUGGUGACUGCACGCUGCCGAAAUCAGAAACCAGUGAAAUUUGUUCCGAUGAAAAGAAACUGGAUGACGGAGGUAUGGAGACGAUGGAAGUAGACAUCAACGCGGAUGGAGAAACCAAAGAGCUGGACGAGAAACCGUCGUCGGAAUCCGUGAAGAAAGAGGCUGAAAGCAACGACGAAACAAGUACAACCGGAAAUGAUGGUGCUGAUGUAAAAAAGGAGGAGAAGGAAGGCGCCCAAUCGCAACCGGAAGAGGAAGAGAAGAAACCCGAACCGGUUUUUAUCGAUGUGGACGAAUACUUUGUGAAGUAUCGCAACUUCUCCUACCUACACUGCGAGUGGCGUACCGAGGAUGAGCUCCUUAAAGGCGACAAGCGUGUUGGCAACAAAAUCAAACGCUUCUUGAUGAAGCAACAACAGCAGCUCAAUAUCUUCGAAAGCCUGGACGAGGAAUCCUUUAAUCCUGAUUUCGUCGAGGUAGAUCGAGUGCUGGAUGUGUCGGAGCUAGUCGACGAUGAGGGCAAAUCCGUGAAGCACUAUCUGGUGAAGUGGAAAAGCCUUCCGUAUGAGGACAGCACAUGGGAGCUGGAGGAUGAUGUGGAUCAGCCCAAGAUUGAUCAAUACUACAAGUUCAACAAAAUUCCUCCCAAGAGCGAGUGGAAAACAAAGAAACGACCACAUCCAGACCAGUGGAAAGCGCUUACAGAGUCACCGAUCUUUAAGGGUGGCAACAAGUUGCGCCCGUAUCAGUUGGAGGGUUUGAACUGGUUACGGUAUUCGUGGUACAAAGGCAACAACUGUAUACUGGCGGAUGAGAUGGGUCUCGGCAAGACGAUUCAGAGCUUAACGUUUGUCAACUCAGUCUACGAGUACGGCAUCCGGGGUCCAUUCCUCGUGAUUGCGCCCCUGUCGACCAUUCCGAAUUGGCAGCGCGAGUUCGAGGGGUGGACGGAGAUGAAUGUAAUCGUGUACCACGGGUCGGCGACGAGCCGACAGAUGAUUCAGGAUUAUGAGGUGUACUAUCGUACCGAAACUGGCAAGCUGAUCCGAGACAUCACGAAGUUCAAUGUGCUGAUCACAACUUUCGAAAUGAUUGUGACCGAUUAUCAAGACCUGAAGAACUUCACAUGGCGUGCAUGCGUCAUUGAUGAGGCGCACCGGCUCAAGAACCGCAAUUGUAAGUUGCUGGAGGGUUUGCGACAGCUUAAUUUAGAGCACCGUGUGUUGCUUUCUGGAACGCCGCUACAGAAUAACGUAAAUGAGCUCUUUUCUCUGCUCAAUUUCCUGGAACCGAGUCAGUUUUCGUGUAGCGAGGAUUUCUUGCGCGAAUUUGGUAGUCUGAAGACGGAGAGCGAAGUGCUAAAGCUGCAGGCGUUGCUGAAACCAAUGAUGUUGCGCCGUUUGAAGGAUGAUGUUGAAAAGUCACUCGCUCCUAAAGAGGAGACAAUUGUCGAGGUGGAGUUGACCAACAUACAGAAGAAGUACUACCGUGGUAUCCUCGAGCAGAACUUUUCAUUCCUCAUGAAGGGUACAACUUCGGCAAACAUACCGAACCUGAUGAAUACGAUGAUGGAGCUGCGCAAGUGCUGCAUCCAUCCAUAUCUGCUAAAUGGCGCCGAAGAGCAGAUACAGUACGAUUACAGGCAGCAGCAUGGCGAGGAUGCGGAAGCUUAUUACAAAAAUCUGAUUGUGUCAUCCGGUAAGAUGGUACUGAUUGACAAGCUACUGCCGAAGCUCCGCGCCAAUGGGCACCGGGUGCUAAUCUUCAGUCAAAUGGUGCGAUGUCUGGAUAUCCUGGAGGAUUAUCUGAUGUAUAAAAAGUAUCCAUUUGAGCGUAUUGAUGGACGCAUCCGAGGCAAUCUCCGUCAGGCAGCUAUUGAUCGAUAUUCGAAGCCGGACUCUGAUCGGUUCGUGUUUCUGUUAUGCACGAAGGCAGGAGGUCUGGGCAUCAACUUGACUGCUGCCGAUACCGUCAUCAUUUACGACAGCGAUUGGAAU